AUGGCUUCAAGAACUUCCAGCCUCAAAUAUUUCUCACUACUAGUUCUUUCACUUGCCAUUGUUCAAAUGACAUUGGCAGGAGACCCUGACAUUCUUACCGACUUCAUUGCCCCUCCAAAUGGAACUGUGGACGGAAACUUCUUCACAUUCACCGGCAUGCGAGUUCUUGUUGGAGGAGGCCCUCCCAAAGCCUUCACCGUGUUGAAGGCAACCUUGACAGAGUUUCCUGCUCUUAAUGGGCAGAGUGUUUCAUAUGCAGUCCUUGAAUUCCCAUCUGGCACUACUAACCCACCGCACACUCAUCCUCGCUCCGCCGAGCUUCUUUUCCUUGUUGAGGGCACCCUUGAAGUUGGCUUUGUUGACACAAAGAAUGACCUCUUUACGCAGACUCUUCAAUCCGGUGACCUGUUUGUGUUUCCCAAGGGACUUGCCCACUUCCAGUUCAAUGCCGAUUCAUCAACACCAGCUAUUGUAAUUUCUGCCUUUGGAAGUGCCAAUGCAGGAACUGUAUCACUUCCUUCAACUUUGUUCGCCACCAACAUCGAUGACAAUGUAUUGGCUUUGUCCUUCAAGACUGAUGUAGCCACUAUUCAGAAGCUCAAGGCCGGUCUUGCUCCCAAGCCAUGA